AUGUGUCUGUGUGUGUAUGUGUGCAUGGGGCCCGAGCGUAUAAAUUGCCGAGACCCCCGCAGGAUUCGCUUUUUCGCUCGGAUGCCACCAACGCAGCAGCAGGCAGGCGAGCGCGCUCCGGCCCGAUAGAAAACCUUUUAUUUUGCUCAGCCAACGCGCUCCUUUGUUGCCAUAUGGCCAUGCCACCACAGCUGUGCUAAGGGAGCGACACCAGCAAAAAUGGAAACCGCCACGGGCUAUCAGGAUAUUAGCGCCCUGGAAAAAUCGGUGGCCAAUGCUGGCUCCCAGCUGUACACGAUGGCCCACAAGCUGCACGCGGUGGAGCGCAGCCUGGAGCAGACUACAAUGGAGCAGAUGGACGAGAUGGAGGUGAUGGAGCUGCUCGAGUCCAUGACCGAGGUGAAGAACGAGUACCAAAAUCUGCGCAAGGACAUCCAGGAGGUGCAGCAGCUGCAGCGUGACGUCAGCACCUCGAUACGCUUUCAGAUGCGCAGCAUGCAGCAGACGUUCCAAAUGCUCAAGAAACGGAUUGCCACCUCCCAGGAGCACAAGCAAAAGAAGCAACGCCAGCAGCCGCGCACCAACACUAACACCACAACCACCGAACUUCCCGCCAUCGUAACUGCCAAUGAACAGUAGGCGGGGCGAGGCGGGGGCCCACUAGGAAUAGGACUAGGACUAGGACUGGGGCUUAGGGUUGGGAUUAGGCUUGGGCUUGGGGGGCAGUGCUUGUGGCCUGGGCAAUUUAUGAAUAUUCCAUGAUUUUUAUUGAUUGGCCGGCUGCUAGUCAGCUAACCCGAAACAAAGCCCCACAGUAGUGGUAGUAGCAGUAGUCAGCCCUCCCUCCCUCAAACCCAAAGCAAAGCAAAAUGCUGAAAGAAAUGUGUCAAAUCUGGUGGAUAGAGAGAGAGAGAGAAAGAGAGAGAGUGGGACACCAGCCGCAAUCGAAAGCAAUCAACUGGCUAAUGGGCACUGGAUACAAUAUUGAUAUCAGGAGUAACAAAUACGAAGCAUUUAGACUCGAAACAGAAGCAGAUCCUCUACUUUAUAUAUUGUAAACACACACACACACAGCAGCACACAGAACGUGUAUCCUGUAUCCUAUACCCCCCCCCUCCUGUGAGGACCUAAUGUAAGCGCAAGAAGCACUACUUUAUGAUGCAAGGAAAACCAAAUGUCUGAUACCAUUUGAAUGGGAAUGCACUUUUCAAAAUUUGCCUUAACAUAAUCGUAUUGUAUUGUACUCAUUUUUGAUACGACACGUUUUAAAGUACAUAUAAAACGUACAUAUGCAAUUAUGUACAUACAUAUAUAGAUGCAUACAUAUGUAUACAUUAAUUAGUCUUAGACGUAUCAUUAUCAUUUAUAUUUUAAUGAUACACAAUUGCAACCUAUUUUUGGCUAGUUUGUUCGUUUUUUGAAUAUUUGUUAAUAGAUUGUAUAAGCCAGAAUUUAGAAAAUUAAAAUUUAG